CAGCUUUGCUGCCUUGUUUUUUUUAGGAAAGGAGAUUACAAUCGAUAUCUUGCUGAGUUUGCAACUGAUGAAGAAAGGAAGAACGCUGCAGAAGCUAGUUUAAAGGCCUAUAAAGAGGCAAGUGAUCUCGCUGAAACUGACUUGAAGCCUACGCAUCCAAUUCGCCUUGGCCUUGCUCUUAACUUCUCGGUGUUCUACUAUGAGAUCCUUAAUUCACCAGAUAGAGCAUGCCGUCUAGCCAAACAGGCUUUUGAUGAUGCCAUAGCAGAGCUAGACACAUUGAACGAGGACAGCUAUAAGGAUUCCACCCUGAUCAUGCAGUUGUUGAGGGAUAAUUUGACGCUGUGGACAUCAGACAUGCAUGGAGAACCAGGUGAUCAAGGACAGGAGCAAGUUGAAGAUUUGGAAACAGAGCAGUCUUAAUUCACCAUAAAGAGUGACUUCAUAAUCAUCCAUUGUAAGAAAAACUCAUCUCAUCAUGAUGUGCUAUAAUGACAAAAAUUGAUUUGGAGCAGCUUUUAACAGUGAAUGUGUAAGCAGCACAAAUAUUGCAGGAAAAGAUCAUGCAUUUCUGAAUGUGUAUCUGCUUUUGGGUUAUUAAUGUACAAAAAAAUGAUGUACAGGAUGAGUGCCACACAAUUAGAUACAAAUAACUUCUCUUUUUUCAAGUUUGUCUGUCUACUAGAUUAAAUUUGUUGUGUAGAGCUCAGAGAUAAUUUGUUUCCACCCUGUGGUCAAACAAACUAGUAAGGUGUCUGGAAUAACCAAGCUGUCAAGUAUUUUAAAGAAUCCGUUGCUCUACAAUUACAAUGCCUAGAUGGUGUGACCUGAUAUUGUUGAUCAUUUUUUGAAGACCCAUUAUAGUUGUUUGUGGUUUUGGACUGUCCUUCUACUUGGUCAUUUUGCGUACAUGAAGCCCACAUUCAAAAUGCCACAUCCAUUUAUUAUCAAAUUUCCAUAAUUUAUUACAUGUAUAGACCUUGUGUUUGACAUAUAGUCCAUUCUGUGCUGUUAGUGAUGCCAUGGACUAUUUUCACAGAGGAACUUGAAAUCAGCAUUUUGCCUCAAGCAUAUCAAAUUAAUCUGUUAAUUGCAAAUGAAGUUCAAUAUUGGGCCUAGUUGUUGCUCUAGGGUAUUUUGAAAAAUGGGGAAUUUUUGUUUCACAAGUAGUUGUGGUGUAGGUACAAGUCUGUACAUUGAUGUCCAAUUUUUCAUUUGCCUUUGUUGUAUUAUGCUGAUUUUCAUUCAAUACCAAGAUUAAAUGUAUUCAAUUUUUAGAGGCUUUUGCAUUUGUUAGGUAGUGUACACUGCAGCAUCCCAAGUCAUUAUUUAGCAUCAGAAAUUUGUUGCAAUUAUAUACUCAAGUUGUAAACUUAUGAUUUGUGUUGCUGUUUUUGUUUAUACACUUGAUAUCUCAUUUCAGUUUCAGACUAAGUGUAUAGCUUUUAACCCCAAUUUUGGAAUACUUAACUGGAAAUUUGUUUUAAAGGUCAUUACUGAUUUCUAGUUGUCACAUGAAACCAAGUUUGGCGAUUGAAACUUGCAGAAAGGAUCAGAACUGUGGUUCAGCUUAAUUUGAUUGCAUUCACAAGCUGUAAAAAUGACGUAUUUGAUCUGGCUUACCUGUCACUUAUGCCCAUGCAGAUGGGUGCACAACAUGUUAUCUAAGAUAUUAACUUCAUACAGUAUAAUCUCAUUGAUAUGCUUAACCCUGCUGGUGGUACAUACACAGGUGACAACACUUUUAUGAUCCUGUAUAAUCCCUGUAGUCCUUGAUGUAUAAAAUUAGUUGAUUUUUCUACAGAUGAUAGUAAGCUAUUGUAUUCUUUAUGUUUAAUGGAUUAUAACUAUUUUAAUGUCUCAAUUGAGCCCCCUGCCCUCACCCCACCCCUGCCUUCAAGUACUGCUGGUUGUUCUGUUCUUGAUAACAUUGUUUUAGUAUGCUGCUAUGCUAAGCUGUUGUGUAACAACUGAACUACCAAGGACCAAUCAUUUUUGUUAAAUGUAUUUUCGCCAAGAAGUCAUCUGAUUUAUGUACAUUUCCUGUAAAUGGUGUAACAUAGGUGCCAUGCAACAUUAAGUUAUUCACUAGUAUUGCACUGUGAAGGGUUAAGAUAUUACUUAGAUGCUUAAGGUUUUCUUAUUGUGUUAAUGUUUUUCUCUCAUUAAGAGCGAUGUUGGGGGCUACUGUUACAGGUCUACUUCUCUACAGGUUAUCCCACCAUGCCAAAGAUGUAUGCUGUCACAAUUUAACAUCCAGUACUUGGUGGACACCUAUGGAAAUACCAUAUAUCAGCAAUAGAUAACUUUGUAAUGCUUACCAGCUUUGUCAUUUAACCUUAACUGAAAACAAACUGAAUGCGUAUAUAGGAACAUCAUUAAUGGAAUGGAAUUAUUUAUAUUACACUUGAUGUUUUUCUAUGUGUGAUACUAAAACCAACUAUUACUCUCAUGUAGUGUAAGUUUUGUUGAACUGCAUGUUGUCAAGAUGCUUCAUUUUCUGUUGUAUUCUACAUUAGUGUUAUUGUAGUACUGAUCAGACAGUUUCUCUGUAACUGUGUUUAAAGAUGUCUUGCUUUUAUUAUAAAUCAAUCUGAGAAAUGGAA